UCUUGAAAUCGGAAAAGACCCAGUUGGAGGUUAAACUUUCCGAAGUUCACCAAGAGCUAGACUCCUAUCGUACCCGGCAGCUCAUUGCUCCCAAUGAGGAAGUGUGCAGUCCAACGUCACCCAGAAUGGAGUCAGGACUGGGGAGAAGUCUACACUCAGAACUCAGAUCAGUAGUUUCUGCAGACGGGGACCUCCCCUCCCCGAUUUGCGGCAACGAAGACUUCGACUUCGAAAAUCACAUCGGCGGCAACUCCGGCGUCGCUCCCGAUACCCCGUUGUCACGACAACUGUCCUCUUCUUCUUCCACCUGUUCUUCCUCCUCCAAGGCGACUCAGCUCUUGCGGCACUUCCGUCAGCGGAAGGAAGACGUCAUGAGCCAGCUGCAAGCCUUCCUGGAUGAAAACGACGAUCAGUCUGGAGGGGAGGAUACAGGCUUAGCUCCCAAGGUGGCUUUCACACAGCUUCUAGACAGCGAACUGGACUCCAUGAUAGAAAGGAUGACAUCGCUGGCUAAAACCAAGAAACAGUCGGAGCAGAGAGCCAACAAGCUUUCUUUCAUGCUGCAGAGUUUGCAAGAUGACUAUGUAAGAAUCACUAAGAAGUACGAGGAGGCCAUCAAGCACUGCAAGGAGCUAACGGCCACUAAGAGCCAACUGGAGACGGUCCGCAUGGAAAACCAAACCCUGCAGUUCGACAUCCAGAGGGGCAAACAGAAAACUGAAGAACUGGAGAAGGAUCUUUCCUCAUUACAGCGGGACCUAGAAACGGCUCACACGGCGCAGCAGAACUAUAGACAAAUGGCAGAGACACAACUUGGGGAACUUCGAAGAUUAUUUAAAGAAAUGGAAAAGAAGUACAAGAUUGCACAAGAUAACACAAGGAAGCAAGAGGCCUCAUACAAGGCCAAGGUUGCCCAGCAAGCCUCCACACACAGAGCCCAGUUGAAGUCUUUGCUUGAUCUAGUGAGUAGAGACAGCUGUGUGGACCCACCACUGCUGCAACAAGUUGUCCAGUCUUCCCAUGAAAGCAACCAGGGUUCCCGUAGCAAUAAACAGGUGUUGGAGACGGUCUCAGCCUACCUCACGGGGCUCAAGACUCAGCUUGCUAAGGUUAGAGGUCAACUCAUCUCAUUGAAACGUGAAAAGUUUUCCCUGGAGUACAGACAGCUGCGACUAAAGAGAGGGAGAAACCGAGAGGGCUGCAGCAAGCAGACCCUUCCCAGGGGAUCUAGAGAAGGAUGCGUCUGCAGUAUUGACACAGAUUGCUCUGUACUGUUAGAUGCCCUGACUCUAGAAGUUAUCGACAAAGCCUCCCAAGGCCAUUCCAACUCCCUCCUCCUGCAUCACCAAAGUGCCAAGUUGCCGUGGCAACAGACGGACCACCUCUCUCAGGAUGACAGUCUCGUCGACUGCCUGAGGGACGCGCCAGGGUCAGUCAUCGACAAGCUGCACUUCAACCUCCUCCGUGAGUUCAAAACCAAGAAGAGGCGGAAGUCGCAGACGGUGGCCACGCAGACGGAGAUUCAACGCACCCCGGACAGGCAGGUCCGUCCCUACUCUCGCAGCUCCCACUCCCAGACGAGCCUCGCGGAUUCCCGGAACAGGGACACUGACGCCCAAACAGAAACAGACUCUGCAGAUGAGUUCAGAUUGUCCUCCUUGCAAGUCACCAACGGAGCCGACGUCAAACAGGCUUAUCUAGUCAACAAACCGCCCACGCUGAGUUCAGCAAUCCUCCUACCGGUGGACGAGGCAUCAUCCCCCGGUGACAGCGCGUCGGACCUGAGCGACUCCUUUGUCACCGCUUUCUCAUCUCCUGUGAGCUGUUCUCCACUGAGGGGCUCGUUCAGGAGUUCCCUGGAGAGAGACGACUUUUCUGAUAUUCUAGCGUCACCGUUUUCAAGAAAUGGCUCCCCAGAGAGCCCUAGCGGAACACCAGACAAGGAGCCGUCUGAUAGCCAAGAGGUGCCCCCCAAGAUCCCUGUAGUUAAACCUGACAUUAAGAUUCAGUCCCUGCAAAGGAAGAGUGCUCAGGACCGGCAAGAGGCCGCCCAGAGAAUGGCGGACAUGCUGGCCAACAGCUAUGCAAGACCUAACAUUGUGGUGGAAGGCUGCCAAGCGGACAGUGAAGACAACGACGUGAAUGCUAACUAUGACAGAUCUGGCAAAUACAGCCCCUCAACUCCAAGGAAGCUUUCCCCCGCCCGUCUAAAGAGACGCUCCUACCUUGACAAGGAGAAAGACAAGAGAACCUCUGCAUUGGGGUCCGAGGGCAAGAGCCUGGAGCUCCUGCUGAGCGGCAAUCUCUCAGACGUAGACAUGACCGAGGAAGAGAAGGAGAUCACUCAACGCUUGCUGGAGGCUUCCAAGAAGGCCUCGGAGAGACACAAGAACAGACGGGGCCGGAGAUGGUCCCCAAGCACCUCCCCAGAACAACGUUCACUCAGCCCCAACUCGGCCGACCGCUCCCGCUCCCCUUCACCCUCCACCAGGACUCCAGAGGAUCAGUCCCCACCAUCCGCCCCGGGAGAGACGCCUCCGGGUACCUUGGGAGGGGUGACAGACCCCACAGCAGACAAGGUGACAGAAGGGACAGCGGAGGGCACAGCAGAGCUCCAGGAGGAGAGAACGGGUGCAGAGGGUGAAUCAGACAAGGAGGACAACAAGCAAACACCCAAGAACGAGAGAAAGGACUCGGAGGUUGAAGUCUUUGACAUCAAGGCGGACAUCUUGAAGGCAACUGGCUCUCUACAGGCGGAGAUGCCUCCAGUCAAACCCAUCCUGCCACUGGCUAAACUCAGAGAGGAGCACAAACAACACAGAAAAACUAACUUCCAGUUCACAAUGCCCGAGCUGACCGAAGCCACAGAGGUGGACCAUGGUCGGGAAAACCCCUCCCUCUCUGCCACUCCCGUCCCGCCUACCGUAACCACGCUGUUGUCGUCACAUCCCACCCCCGUACCAGGGUCACCAGGUCCAGAGAUCCAGUACAACUCAGUGCAGGACUCUACCACUGUCGUUGAAGAAGAGGGGGAGAAGGAACCAGAAAAAUCAAAGUCAUCGGAAGAGGAGAAAUCCCUGCUUCCAGAUUCGAUUCUCUACAAGCUGGGGCUUAAAGUGGGCAACUCAAAAGAUACCAUUGCCAUGACGGAGAAUGAAAUUGAGGAGAAGUUCAACUCGCUUCAGCUAGCCUUCAAGGCCAACCAGUACACGCUGGAUCAACGGCAGAAACUGCAGCACCGGCAGAGAGACCUAGCCGAGAAGAACAUUGAGGGAGAGAUCGAGGGAUUACAGCAAACCUUGCAGUUGUUGGAGCCUCUUGCCGGCGCUGACACAGUGUCUAGGGACUGCAUCAACAGAAUCAAGCAGCACGUGGAAGUCUUGCAAUCCUCCUCGCUGAGACUGUCCAGCAAGGCAGAGGGAUUCGGAGCUGUCCAACAGGAGGGAAGGCUAAGCAAGGCAACCGACGUGAUGAUCACCCACGUGGAGAACCUGAAACGUCUGUUUGAACGGGAGCAUGCAGAACUAGAAGAUGCAAGAAAACUUCUUCAAGAAAAUCGCAAGUGGUUCCGAGGCAACAGCAUAACAAAUAAUCUCUCCAUAGACGGGGAGACAGAUUCCAAGCUACUAAGUCGGAGGGCAUUGUCAGUAUCUGGCGGAAGCUCAAAGUCUGAAAUCCGCAAGCGCUCCGUCAGCUGUGUUAGUCCGCCCCGCCUUGGCGUACCACACUCGUUUUUCCCCGAUCCCAAUCAGACCGGUAGACGGCGGGCAAGCGUGGCUACAGUGGUUGGAUCGGGUUUGCUUAGCUCCUCCUACGCUUCACAGCCGCUUUCAUUUGGCGGUCAGCACUUCCGAUCGCAAACGGAGCCCUCUGGCAUUAGCCUGGGCCAAGGGUCCCACUUGACCGGUGGGGUUAGACGGACAUCCAUGCAGCUCAGCGCUUCACUCAAUGCUGCCGACUUCAAGGAGGCAAAGGCCAGGCUGGCUGGUAGCCUGAGCCCGGGUAGACAUACCCCGUUGUCGCGGACCGAUAGCUCCAUCAUCAUCAACCGACGGGCCAGCGAUGAGGGCCAAGCAACUGAGCAUGCCUCACUUGAAGGGACCAUCUCCGCCCCAGCUCUGAGUGCGUCCAGCCCGAGUGGGUCAAGUCCGCUGCCCAGCCCAAGCAGAAGACAUGCUGUAUCCCUCCCGGCCACACCCAAUGCCACGACCAUGGCCUCACCGGUGGCCACGGCUAUGACCACACCCAACACCUUUCCCAAGAUUGUUGACCCGGAGGCAGUCAAGAAGGGUCUGGCCGAGGUAGACAGCAACGAGGCCAAGAAUGUCAAGAAGGAGGAAGUCUUCCAGAAAGGGUAUGAGGAGGGAGUCAGGACCCAAGUCACCCACGAGCUGGCCGACUUGAGAGAGCAGCAGAAGGCCUUCUGCGAUAACCUCGAGGAUCUCAUCGAUCAGGCCGAGGAGGAAGAAGAACGGGAGGAGGCAGAGAAAGAAAUUCAAGCCGACAAAAGCAGCAAUAAACUCUUCCAACGACUCCAAGAAGUGAGCCAGCGGUGGCCACGCGCCGUCCGCGUCGCCCGCCUUGUUCUCACCCUGUCUGUCUUCCUGAUUGCCCUGGCGUACGUCUUUGUCACCGUAGUGCCUCUGGAGUCGUGCCUUAGCGGGAGCCCCGUCUCUUAUUCACCGUGGAGAACUCUGAAGGAGUUUCUGUGGCCCUACACGGAACUGAGACACCACAAUCACCCGCCACGAUAGUAUAUGCUACCUCCGUUCAACCGGCUGUAUAUACACAUUUAUAUCUAUCUAUUUACGUGAACCGUUUGUGGCCUUGAGGUUUUCAGAAAUGCAUACUGCAGAUUUGAUAUGUAGCAUCUCGCAUGGGAUUAUUGUAGGGGAAUCUUUGCAGAGCUUGUGCUUUGAAGUGUGUAAUGAUUGCACAAAUGCAUUUAUUAUGUAAGAAAGUAACUUUAUUUUUGAGCCAUGGGGGGAACAAGGGAGAAUUUGAGAAUAGGAAAAAUUUUCCUCUUGGGUUCACUAUAUGUUCAAAUAUAAAAUCUCUGUUUUCUAACUGCAUCCUGGAAAUUCCAUUUGAUCCCAAAUGGGAAUACUGGCACUGGUAUAUUUGCACGCUUACUUAAGACUGCUUUACCCCUGUGGAAACUACUCUAUGUAAUCAUAUGUAGGCAGAUUCGGGGAUUAAUUAUGCAACUACACUGUGCAUGACCUCAAGAAACUGACCAAUCAGCGGACGCCUGCUAUAGCGCGUUAAGUGAGUUCCCCGCGUGCGUAAACAUCAGGCCCAAGAUGAGUAGCAUGUUUGUACAGGUCGUUACAAAAACGCGGCAUUGAAAUUGACCAGUCAAAAUCUUCGUCCAGAUUUCGGAAUGAAAUGACGUCACUCAUGCUUAGAUAUAUAUCAGACGUGUGACCAGAGUUGGGCUCCGUGGAGAAGGGGUGAUACUCAGACUACGUGGAAACAUGGCAUCCUCCCAUUUGGAAUAAACUUGUGAUCCUUAAACAAAUUUUGAUAAUGAAACGGGAACUUCUUCGAGUUGAAUUAAUGUUGAAGUAACUUCAUUAAUGCUAUAGUGGUAUAUUGGAAGAAGCAUAAUCACCUUUCCAUCCCAAACCAAUCCCUGCCCCUUAAAAAGUAAAAAAAAAGAGGGCACAGACUUACUGGAGCCUCGGUCAUGGGCAAGGCCUGUGAACUCAAUCCCCUACCUUACAAAAAUGGGAGGAAAAUGCUUUUUGCCUGAGCAGGUUCUAGAAAUCUUCACACUGGGGCUUUUAGGUUGAAAAGUUCAGCAGUGAUUUUAUUUUUAAGGUUAACUCUUCCUAAUGUGACUACGGUACUUGGAUUAUCCUGGAACAUUGUAAUUCAGAUGGGCAUUAUUUUGGUUACGUAACUGCAUCUAUUGGAACAUUUUCUAUGUGAUCAUUUGAUAUAUUUUUUUAAUUAAAGUGUGAUUUGUUAUAGGAUGUUCAAAA